AUGGCCCGGCGCCUGCCCGGACCAAGCAGAAGAGCCGCGUUUCCACGAGCGUCUCUCCUCCGAGGCGGCGAGGAGUCGAAUUCCGAGACUGGCGGCGGCCGAGGCGCUGCUACCCGGGUCUCAUCAAUGCUCGACUUUGGGGCGCAAUUUAAUCUCCCCCUCUCUCUUUGGUCCGCCUGUUUUUAA